GCCUCAUCCUUCCAUGGAUGACUCACACAUCUCACAUAAAACUACGCCUUCGCAAUCACGACGCGGUGUCUCAUUGGAGGCUCACCGAGCACAACAGGUAUGCUAUCGUAAUCGCUGCAACCGUACGAGAAUCCGAGCAGGAUGCGGUGGCAGCUCACGCGCUCGAAAGGCCCACCUCCACUACAAUGGCUCCAAAACUCAACCUCUUCCUAGCCCCAGGCGCCUGUUCCCUGGCCCCCCACAUCCUCCUCCGCGAAGCCGGCCUCCCCUACACAACAACCACUAUCAGCUACAGCACCGGCUUCCUACCCGAGUACCUCAAGCUCAACCCCAAGGGGAAGGUGCCCUUCAUGCAGAUGGACGAUGCCGUCAUCACCGAGACCCCAGCCAUUAUGACCGCCAUCGCACAACUCGCGCCCACCAAGCACUUCCUCGGAAAAACAAAUCUUGAAACUGUGCGCUGCUACGAAUGGAUGAACUGGCUGUCCGGCACGCUGCACGGGCAAGCCUUCGGCGGCUUAUUCCGCCCCGAGCGCUUUGUCACGGAUGCAGCGCUGGUCGGUGCUGUGAGCGAGAAGGCCCGGGAGACCAUCGCGGGCUGCUAUGCGUUUAUCGAGGAGAGGCUGCAGGGGAAGACGUGGGCUGUGGGCGAGGAUUUCUCGGCGGUGGAUGCGUAUUUGUUUGUGUUUUGGCGGUGGGGCAAUAUGAAGGGGUUUGAGAUGAGGGAGAAGUACCCCGAGUAUACGGCGCUUGUGGAGAGGGUGGCGGAGAGGGAGAAGGUUAGGGAGACGGUGGAGGAGGAGGGGGUGGGCAUGUGGGGGACUUGAGAGAGAGGAGAAAAGGGGGGGGGCUACUUGGUUGGAUUUAUCGGUGCGGGUAGGUUCGUGCUUUUUCGAAGGAUCAGAACUCUCUGUUAAUAGGAAGAAGCUGGUAGAACCUGCGAACCCAUCUGAAAUGGGGGAAAGCGGCAUAUUUCCCUAGCCCCCGGAGUGAUG